CACUUCAAGGCCUUUUAUAUUAUCAAUAAUAAUUCAGUGUUUUUCGAUGUUGCUUGACGGAACUAUAUAGUGUAAAUUAUAUUUACCGAUUCAAAGAUAGAUAUUAAAUUUAUAAUAAUGUGAUUUUAGUAAUGGCUUUUCAUUAAAUUGAUAGUUAAGAUAAAUUGUACAGCUGUAAAUAACAUCUAAAUUUGAGAAUAAGUUUGACUUUAGCCACAUCAAAGAUGUAUUUUAUACGAAGAGCUUGGAAGUGUACAAAUUUAUGGUCGCCUAUUAAGAGGUCCUAUACCAUACAAACACCAGUGGUAGAUUUAACAGUGGACAACGAAGGUAUUGCCACACUCACCAUGCAACGACCACCUGCCAAUACAUUCAAUUUGGAAUAUUUACAUGAAAUUACUAAUUCGCUUAAUGAAAUCUCGAAACAGAAAGUUAAAGGCGUCAUUUUAACUUCAGCAAUACCUAACAUAUUUUCCGCAGGACUAGAUAUUAAUGAAUUUUAUAAGCCAGAUUUACAAAGACUAGAAAACUUCUGGAGCUCUGUUCAAGAUGUUUUUAUAAAACUUCUCGACUUAGACUUCGCUACUGCAGCAGCAAUUAAUGGCCAUGCGCCCGCAGCUGGUUGUGUUCUGUCCCUAUCGUGCGAAUACCGUGCCAUGGUGAACGGUAAUUAUAAGAUAGGUUUGAACGAGGCGGCUCUAGGCAUCAUAACCACGCCGUGGAUCCAAGCGAUGAUGUACCAGGUGAUACCGAUGAAACACACCGAGACAGCGUUGACAACUGCCAAGUUAUUCGACGUAGAUGAAGCUCUACAGAUCGGCCUAAUAGACGAAAUAGCAUCAAACAAGGAAGAUGCUAUAAACAGAUGCAAACAAUACAUCAGAAAAUUUGAUAAAAUUCCUCUGCAUGCGAGGGCUUUGACAAAACAAAGAAUGCGACAAACUCCAAUAAAAAUACUACGAGAACAACGUGAAGAAGACAUUAGAAUGUUCGUUGAUGUAGUUAUGAACCCAUCAGUGCAAGAUAAUUUAAAAGAUUACGUUGAAAAACUUAAAAAUAAGAAAAAAAAGUAAAUAAGUAAAUCAUA